GUGAGGAGACACACCGCUCAACACUCUGCCACAGAGAGGCCUCUGAUUUGUGGAUUACUGGAUGGAAAUGUCGGACACAGGCAAACCUUUGACCUCCUUCCUCAUAGAGGACAUCCUCUCCUUAAAGGACAGGACCAGAUUAAACAGCAAACACUGUUCACAGAAGAUGGACAGAUGUUCUCAGUGGAGAGAAGGAGCUGAAAAGUUUUCAGAGCAACUCAGCGAUCAGGAGUUUGGAGAACAGACAGACUGUCUGGACACAUCCUGUCCCGGCCCCUCAGAGUCCAGUCCCUCCUCCACGGGCAAACAGAAGCGCUCCAGAGCUGCCUUCACACACCUCCAAGUGCUUGAACUGGAGAAGAAGUUCAACCAGCAGAAAUACCUGUCGGCCCCAGAGAGGGCCCACCUGGCCGGCACCUUAAGACUCACAGAGACCCAGGUCAAAAUCUGGUUUCAGAACCGGAGGUACAAGACGAAACGAAAGCAGCAAACAUCAGAGUUCUGCAGGGAGAAAGCAGAGGGACUGGGCCUGAGAGACCAGCUGGUCCGAACUUCUCUCAUCACCUCUUUCUGCAAAGCUUAUCAGUACAGACCCUACCUGUGGGACUACAGCGGCCCCUGGGGGUCCACGCUAUGGUGAAAGGGAGGGGAUUCAUGAAGCUAUGAUUUAAAGUCAUGAACCUAUGUUUAGUUUCCCUGAUAUUUAGGCUAUAUGUUCACUAUCAAAAUGAGAUCGUUGUUAUUUUGGCAUGAUUUUAACCCAUGUGUUUACCACUGUGCCAUUUACAAUGAUUUUGUUCCUACACACAUUCUGUCAUUUUGUAUGUUUUAAACACAAUCUUGAGGCGAUCGACAUGUCGUUACUGUCAGUUGCAAAUGGUUUGUUAAUUCAUCAUUAAAUACAUGUAGAUACAUUUUAUUUAACUUGAAAGCUGAGUGUUAAGAAAUACAAACAACAUAUUAUUUGAACUUACAGUACCUAAGUUAUAGACAAGUACAAGUUGAACUUUAGCUUAUCCGUCAUAUAGAGUCAUAUUUUCAGUCAAUCCUGAAGCUCCGUUUUACUCCAAUUGUUAAAUAAUGAUAAUAUAAAAUAUAGUUUUACACAUAAAUAGAACUAAAUAUGUAUGUAAAAACUACUUGUAGUUAUAGUUAUAUAGUAGUGGAGCAGCUUCUUUUGGUAUAAACGGUAAGAGCAACACAAUAUUACUGACGAUUUGAGUGUUUGGUGCUACCGUCAUUUACAUUUUUGAUGUGCAUUUAAACUCUGAUUAUAGAGUCAAACUACAUAAGAACACAAGACAAGACAGAGUUAUGGAUUGUAUUGCAAAAUAGAGCCAACAAAUGAAACCUGAUUCCUUUUAAGAGCCUCUGUCCUGAUUAUAUGAAGAUAAACUAUAUCUGUGUUGCGAUCCUCUAAAAACCUUAAACAGAUAAAUUGAUAGAGAAACUGUAGAUAACAAAAAAGAACAACAUGAACAGAUAGAAGAAGAUAUACAAAGAUAUUCAAAAUGUAACAUACAGUAUCAAGAUGCAUUCAAAUCAGCAGUAGUGUGCUGUAGUAACAAAUGCAUUUGAGUUGAUGACACAUUCAGUUCAAAGUUUUGGUAUUGAUUAAAGUCUUACUUAAAUACAGACUGUGUUUUCUCAAAGUUGUAUCAGAAGAUGUUAAGUGCCAGCACGUGACUCAAGAAUGUGAUUAUUGUAACAAAACCUGUUUGUUAACAUGAUUGCCACUUUGGGACGGACGGAGGGUAAGAGACGGUGAUCUGAGUCUCAUUCAUAAACAUUCAUGAAAAAACCUUUAUUAAAUAUAUAUGUAUUUCUACA